GCCGCCCCCCUCCCGCCGUGGGGCGGCUGCCGGCGGGGCCCCGGCCACUGUCCCGGAGCCAUGGAGCCGACGCUGCGCGCGGAGCCCGAGCAGGAGCCGGAGCCGAAGCCGAGAACGAGCCAGAGCCUGUGCCAGGAGAGGGGACCAGAGCCAAGCUGCCCCAUGCCAGAACUGAGGCUUCUCCUCUUAGGCAAAAGAGGUGCAGGAAAAAGUGCCACAGGAAACACUAUUUUGGGCAAAGCUGCGUUUCUGUCCAAAUUCAGUGACCAGAUGGUCACUAAAACAUGCCAGAGAGAGAGUGUGGUCACAAAAGAGAGAAGGGUUGUGGUCAUCGACACCCCUGACCUUUUCUCCUCAAUGUCUUGUGCUGAAGAAAAGCCACGUAACAUUGAACACUGCUUCGAGCUCUCUGCUCCCAGCCUCCACGUCCUGCUUCUGGUAAUCCCCAUCAGCUUUUAUAAGUUUGAGGACAUAGAGACAGCCAGGGGGAUCCAGGAGGUGUUUGGAGCUAACGCCAGGAGGCACAUCAUUGUUGUCUUCACUCGGAAGGAUGAUUUGGAGAAUGUUUCACUGCAAGAUUGCAUUGAAGGUCAGGACUCCCUUAAGGAGUUGGUUGAAAACUAUGGAGGCCGAUACUACGCUUUCAACAACAAGGCAAGUGAGGAUGAGCGGGAGGUCCAGGUGAGGGAGCUCCUCGGCAUGGCCCAGCGUUUGGUGGAUGAAAACGGAGGACCAUAUAUCGUGAGCCUCAGAAAUGAAGGCGGUGGAUGCCUGGAUCCUGUAACUGAAGCCACAUCUCAGGUGGAGGACAAUCCACAUGGCCCAGGGGAGAAGCUGCUUAAGGCCACUGUAUGCGAGCCAAGCCCCGCGAUGUUGGAACUGAAGAUCCUGCUUGUGGGGAAGCAUGGAGCUGGAAAAAGUGCCGCCGGGAACAGCCUUCUGGAGAAGCGGGUCUUUGAGACCAAAUUCAGCGAAGAGUCAGUGACCCAGAGGUUUGCGUCAGACAGCAGAAUCUGGAGAGGGAGGAAAAUUUGCAUCAUUGAUACUCCAGACAUCUCAUCUUCAAAGGACAUUCAGGCUGAGCUUCAGGGACACGUCCUUCAAGGCCCCCAUGCCUUCCUGCUGGUGACCCCGCUGGGCUCUUUCACCAAGAAGGAUGAGGCCGUGCUGGGGACCAUCCGAAGCACUUUUGGAGACAAAUUCAUUAACUACACGAUCGUUCUCCUCACCAGGAAGGAAGAUCUGGGGGACCAGCAUCUAGAGAUGUUCUUGAAAAGCAGUAACGAAGCUCUCUACCAGCUCAUUAAGAAAUGUAAAGGCCGGUACAGCGCCUUCAACUACAGAGUGACAGGGGCGGAGGAGCGGUGCCAGGUAGAUGAGCUCCUCCAAAAGGUUGUGGACCUGGUGCAUCAGAACGGGGCCGAGCCGUGCGUCUUCAGAGAGGAAGAGACGCUGAGCAUUGUCCUCGUGGGGGGCAUUGGCACUGGGAAGAGCGCCACUGGGAACACCAUCCUCGGGAGGCAUGCCUUCUCUGAUCAGUUACGAGCACAGCUGAACACCAAGAAGACCCAGAGCGACAGGAGGAUGUGGGGCGAGCGGAGGGUUGUGGUUGUGGACAGUCCCUUGCUCUGCCAGAUGGCCAGCACUAAGGAGCUUCCAAUCUUGCAGGAGGAGGUCAAACAUUGCUUGUUCUGUGAGAGAGGGAACAUGGUUCUGGUCUUGGUGUUCCAGGUGGGACGCUUCACUGAGGAGGACAAAAAGGCAGGGAAGAAACUAGAGACCAUCUUUGGGGAGGACGUUUGGAAGUACACAAUUGUGCUGUUCACUCGGAAGGAAGACUUGGAAGGGGAGACUCUCAACGAUUACCUCCAGGAAACAGAUAACAAAGCUCUUAAGAACAUAAUUAAGAGGUGUGAGGGGCGAGUGUGUGGUUUUAAUAACAAAGAAACUGGCCAAGCCAGGGAAAACCAGGCAACGGUUCUUUUGACAAUGGCCAGUGAGCUGGUAAAGAGCCACGGAUGGCGUGGGUACCCUUAUUUGAGAUGGCAAUCGGACAAUGUCAGCAAAGUCAUUAGAAAUUCCCUGGAAAAGAAUAAUCCCAAAAGCCUACUGAAAAAUUUAAAAGAUAUCAUAGGUAGCUGAUGUGCGUGGGGUCUCUUUAAGUUAGAGACACCCUCAGUUGGAGACAGGUGGGAAAUAGGGCUGGUGGGAGGGGAGGAGGGUCCAUGACUUGGAGGACUUGAGAGGCACAUGCUGGUUACCUUGCACUGCUUCAGCGCUUAGUAGGUGAAUACAUCGUCAGGCUGGGGCAGGGGAUUAGAAAGGAGAAAGGAGAAAUUAGGUGGGGAAAUCUGGAAAAAGGCUCCUGAGAUUGGGUGGCCAGUGAGGGUCAAAAUUAAGUCACAAGAAUCAUCUCACCUGUGGACAUAGAUUGGAGUCAGGACAGACACUGUGACCAAGGCCAAGGCCAGCCUGGGGUCAGAAUACAGACUAAUACCCAAGAACCAGGGGAUCCAGACACAGGAGGGUAGAACAAUGAGCAGUGUCCAGCCAUCUCCUGGCGUGGCCAAGUGGACAAGCUGGAUCCCAUGGGCUUCCGGGUGCCCAGGGCUGCUUGCCAGGCCUGCUGGUCCCCUGAGCUGCCUUGUUGCCACUGGGGCAGGACUCAGGGCCAGCACAUUCCUUUCCUCAUGAGGCAGAUAUUCCUUAGUGCUGUCUUCAUUCCAAGCCCGAGUGGAAAGUGGGCCCCAGUCUACUCUUCUUUCUUGUCCCUUAGGAAAUGAACAUGAGUCUGUGAGGUUUCCAAAGAUUUUAUUGCUAACCAUUACAGUGAAAUAGAGUAGAACAAAAAUCCAAAAUGUGAUAAAAUUGCCAAGAUCUUCUUGUUCCAAGAACAAUGUUGCAAAGUUCCAAAAUUCUAGGUAGAAUUCUAGAUUGCCUCUAGAAAAGUUGAAAAUUCCUUUACACCUCUCUCUCUCUCUCUCUUUAAUCCCUCAGGGUUAAGAAUUGGGGUAAAGAUCAGAGAACUCAAAUAAUAAUGUCUUGAACACACUAGGGCUUAUUUUGUCUCUCAUCAGGAAGUCCAAGGGUAGGUAGUCUGAGGCUGGUGUGGCAUGUGGCCUCCACACUUAAAGUUGCUUCUCCAUUCCAGGACGGUGGUGUUCUCUGACAUCUGAGCAGAUUAUGUUGAGGGCCACCUGGUGCAGGCAAUAUAUGAAAUGAGAAUCAUAGGGUCUUCUUCCAGGUAGGAGUAGUCAGAUGCUUUCAAUAUUAACUGUUUUUUAUAUACUUUGAGGACAGGAUUUACGUCAUCCAUAUGCUUUUAUUUUUGGAAAGUUAUCAGUUGCCUUCAAGAUUAACCCACUGAUCAGAACAUGGACCGUCACCAUCAGUACUGUUGUACUUUGCAUAACCCUGAAUAUGACAAAUUCUGGAAAAUGUAUGUAUAAGUAUAUUCAGCUGAGUGAAAUAAUAAAGAUGAAUUAUACUAUAAAUUCA